AUGCGCCGUCGUCCGGCACACUUAACACUUCCACUCCUUUCCAUCUUAUGUCCCCUCGCCCUAGCACGCUCCUACAAUGUGACAAUCGAUGACCAGUUCGGGGACCCGACUAAUGGACAGACGAUCAACUAUACCCCCCAGGCAUCAUGGAACAAUGGUCAAUCAUGCACUCUGUGCACGGCGAAACCACCAAGUACUCAGGCAUAUAUGGGCACCUGGAAGGAUGCGACUUUCUUUCCUGCAAACGAUUCAAAUCCGUUACAUGGCCAACUUGUAUCAGCGUCAUAUGGGCCGAUAGGGACUGCUGUUUAUGUGAACUGUAUCCUGACUGGGUCAACAGACAAUCCAGUCGGGAACACAGAUAUGACGUUCAAAAUCGACGGUGUUGUCGCUGGAUACUUCCAACAGGCUCCUGAUGGUGACCCCGAUUACGAAUUCGGUGUGACGGUGUUCUCUAAGACUGGUCUGAAUAAUGUUGCACAUACGAUAACGCUUGAGUCCGGAAAUGCAGGGGGGAAGGCUCUCGUUAUGCUCGACUCUAUUACCUACACUAAGCAGGUCAACGACCAGACUAGCAUGCCCAAUGGCUUGUCUAGCUUAGCAUACUCACCGACAAGUAGUGUGACAAGUACUGUAGGCGCCCUAGCGACGGCCAGCACUAGUACUCCCUCUCCAUUAAGCGCGAAGAGCUCAGCAACAUCAGUGAUAGCAGGUUCGGUCGUUGGAGGUGCCGUCGCAAUAGCGGCUAUCAUAGCAAUCGCGUUCCUUUGCCAUCGAAGACAACGAAGACGAGGAAGCGGGGUCCGCGUCGUUCUCGAACCCACGGACGCCUCAAGCCCUGUGUCGCCCUAUUCCCCACACUCAGUACAACCAUUCCAACCAAAUUACCGUGUCUCGGAAAUGCAUUACACACCGUAUGCCCUUAGCCCGCCCAGCGGUCCGACACUUGCGCCUGGCGACUCUGCCUCGCAGGUAUCAUCGUCCCGUACUUCGGAGUGGACCAGCAACGCCAGUCACGGACAUGGUCGACAGACGUUCCGUGAGGGUGCACGAAAGUUUGCGAUGUUCCGGCCUUAUGCUGUGACUUCCCCUAUGAUGAAAGUACAGAACGCGACAGAUGCGGACAUGAGUGAAUUGGAUAUGAAUGGGGAGUUGAAGCCACCCGCAUACAUUCCAUCGAAAUUCGGGACUAUCAUCGAGAAGGGAAAGUCAUAA